CUCAUCUUCACCUCUUCUUCUCAUCUUAGUUUCUACAUCAUUAUGGGAGAAGGAACCACCAGCCUCCCACCUGGUUUCCACUUCUUCCCUUCCGACCAAGAGCUCGUCGUCCAUUUCCUCCAACGCAAAGCGGCUCGCCUUCCAUGCAGGCCUGACAUCGUUCCUACCAUUGAUCUGCACUACUGUGAUCCAUGGGAUCUCAACGGUAAAGCUCUUCAAGGAGGCAGAUAUUGGUAUUUCUUCACCCAUAGGGCCCAAAACACGGAGACUGCCAAUGGCUACUGGAAACCCAUCGGCAUCGAGGAGUCCAUAACAAGCGGUGAUAUUAGUGUUGGCUUGAAAAGAACUCUCAUAUUUUACGUUGGAGAACCUCCCGAGGGGAUGAAAACCAAUUGGGUAAUGCAUGAAUAUCAUUUACUGGAUGGCGUUCUUAGUAGUUCCAGCAGUCGUGGUAGUAGCAGAAGGUCUCUCAAGAAGAGAAGCAUCACAAGAAUAGAACCCAACAAGUGGGUCAUAUGUCGAGUCUACGAGUCGAGCUGUGCUUCACAGAACUUCCAUGAUGAUGGGAUGGAGCUUUCAUGCUUGGAUGAAGUUUUCUUAUCAUUGGAUGAUCUUGAUGAAGUAAGCUUGCCAAACUAGACCGGAAUGCCUGCUUGGGCAAAGGCUGAUAGCUAGGAAACAAACCUCGCCAAUGUAUAAUUGCAAUCCUCUAGUUUGGCGUUAGCACUCUUUCAUAUUGUUGUCUCCAAUAACACUGGUAUUAAUGUGAAAGUACUUGGUUUCUUGAGAUCAUUCUAAGCGAUUC